GAGCAGAAUGGAAUUAGGCAUCUAGUCAUGUAUGUUUUAUUUCCAUUCCACCAGGUUUUGCCGUUUUUACCCAGCUACGUUAUGGCAAUCGUGAAAAUCUGACCAGACUGUACUCAGUUCAGCUGCAUCUGCAUUCUAGAACGGUAACCAAAACAUUGCAUACAUUUUACAGCUGAUCUGAACGCAGUGAGGCAUUCUGGGAAGACAUGGAACUGUGAAAGUAUGGCGGAUGGGGAAGAGCCGGAGAAGAAAAGAAGGAGAAUAGAGGAGCUGACUGAGAAAAUGGCAGUUGAUGAAGGACACUCAGGUUCCGACUGGGAAGGGCGCUGGAACCAUGUGACUAAAUUUCUGGAGAGGGCUGGUCCUUUCACCCACCCUGACUUUGAAGCAAGCCCAGAGAUUCUGGAGUUUUUGCUGGAAACAUGCAAGAUUCUGGUUAUUGGAGCUGGAGGUCUUGGCUGUGAGCUUCUCAAAGACCUGGCAUUGUCUGGGUUUCGGCACAUACAUGUAGUGGACAUGGAUACAAUUGAUGUGUCAAAUCUCAACAGGCAGUUCCUCUUCAGGCGGAAAGAUGUGGGGCGGCCGAAGGCUGAAGUAGCAGCUGACUUCAUCAACAGCCGAGUGCCUGGAUGUGCUGUGGUCCCGCAUUUUCAAAAAAUCCAAGACUUUGACGAAUCGUUUUACAGACAGUUCCACAUCAUUGUCUGUGGGCUGGACUCCAUUAUCGCCAGGAGAUGGAUGAAUGGCAUGCUGCUGUCUCUGCUGGCUUAUGACGACGGUGUGCUAGAUCCCAGCUCCAUCAUCCCGAUGAUCGACGGGGGCACGGAGGGCUUCAAGGGAAACGCCCGAGUCAUCCUGCCGGGCAUGACCGCCUGCAUAGACUGCACCCUGGAGCUCUACCCACCACAGAUAAAUUUCCCCAUGUGCACUAUCGCCUCCAUGCCGCGGCUCCCGGAGCACUGUGUGGAGUACGCCCGCAUGCUGCAGUGGCCCAAAGACAAGCCCUUCGGAGAUGGCGUGGCGCUAGAUGGUGAUAACCCCGAGCAUAUCCAGUGGGUGUUCCAGAGGGCCCAGGAGAGGGCAGCAGAGUUCAGCAUCACUGGAGUCACCUACCGCCUCACACAGGGUGUGGUCAAGAGGAUAAUCCCUGCAGUAGCAUCCACCAACGCUGUCAUAGCAGCUGCCUGUGCGUCUGAAGUAUUUAAAAUCGCCACAAGUGCUUAUGUACCCUUAAAUAACUACUUGGUAUUCAAUGAUGUGGAUGGACUAUACACGUACACCUUUGAAGCUGAGAGAAAGGAGAACUGUUCUGCAUGCAGUCAGGUCCCUCAGAAGCUGCAGUUUCCCCCCUCAGCCAAACUACAAGAGGUGCUGGAGUACCUGACAGAGAACGCUGCCCUGCAAAUGAAAUCUCCCGCCAUAACGGCAACACUGGAAGGAAAGAACAAAACUCUUUAUUUACAGACGGUCGCUUCGAUUGAGGAGAGAACGAGGCCCAAUCUCUGCAAAACCUUAAAAGAGCUGGGCCUGGCGGACGGACAGGAACUGGCUGUAGCAGACGUCACCACCCCACAGACGGUCCUCUUCAAACUCAACUUCACCUCCUGAACCAGCACUCACACCUCCUCCCUCUCUCUUUCUCCUUGCCUUGCUCUGUUCCCUUCUCUCUCUCUCUCUCUCUCUCUCUCUCUCUCUCUCUCUCUCUCUCUCUCUCUCUCUCUCUCGCAGACCUUUCUCUUCUCUUGAACUUCACGUCCUGAACCUACACACCUCUUCUUCACCUCCUCCUCACCUCCUCCUCUGUCCUCUCGCUUGCUUCCUCCCUCCUCUCCUUUACUUCCUCCUCCCUCCCCCCCUCCUCUGUUCUCUCGCUUGCUCCCUCCUUCCCUCAGAACGUCGGAAUAUCAGCUAUUUAAAUUAUGUUACAGAUAAUGUUCUAUACGUAUGCUUAAUCUUGAUCCCUCUCGCUAGCCUUAGUUUCCAACCCCCUUCCCGUCCCGAAAGUGCGUAUGUUUAUAUGAGAUGCACAGUGCUGGAACCGAGACUAAACGAGAGCAUUAUUAUCAGGCUGUACGAUUGCAUAAGAACUUGUUUGUCCCAUUGCACUCUGGAGGCGAAGCACUACAUUUCUUAUCUGUGUCACACAGUACAUGUGUGUGUUUCUGUAGCUGACUGCCUGGAUUGUAAAGAACUGUUCCGAUCCCUUCACUCACUGCGUCACCUUUUGCAGAAGGCAAAGUCUACUGUGGAUCGUUGUCUUGGUUUUGUGUUGUAUUAUGCAAAUAGGAAUAAAUGUUAAGUUUGUGCACACACACACACACCAUACACGUUUAUCACAGAUGGAAGAUUUCUACUUCGGAAACGUAUGUUUAACUAUCGUGUCUGCUAGGUUCAAUUGUAAAUACCCCUUCCGUGUCUGAAGGCUCGUGGAAAAAAAUGUGUAUCAUAAAUAAAUGUUUUGCCUAAGA